GUGCCACAGCGACGGGCUGUGGGGGUUGUACGGUGAAGCUGCAGUCAACGCAACCCAGCCACGCAUGCGGUUCGUCUGCCAGCCCCGACACCUCAACCCUCUAAUUUGUGGACGGAAACCCCGAUACCGGCGCACUGAGGCAACACAAUACGUGCACGAGUUUUUCGCCCCGCGCAACCUCUCCCCGUGGCUGCUGGGGCUCAAGAAGCGGGGGCGCUACGAGUGCAGCGCCACUCUUAUCAGCGACUCGUGGCUGCUGACGGCAGCGCAUUGUGUCGCCAGUUCGCUGGAGAGCCAAAACGAGACAAUGGACCCUAGUGACCUGAAGGUGCAGCUUGCACCGAAUCCACGCGACGACAGAUACGUGGCGAAAAUCAUACUUCAUCCUGACUACGAGCCCGCUCAACCACCGCUUAAUAUUCCGCUCAACGACCUCGCUCUCGUGAUGCUGGAGGAACCGUUGAUCUUCAGCGAGAGAAUGUACCCCGCUUGCAUAGACCUGGACGGGGAAAACUUCAUCACCGACUCCAUUGCCCGGGCGUUCAGCCGCGCCAACGGUGUGCCAAGGUACGAGUACGAUGAGGUGCUGCAGGAGCUGGACCCGGACUGCCACGGUCCCGUCCCUCGGUGCCGGUCCUGGCACAUCGAGGACACGCAGUUCUGUGGCCUCGCUCUUGAAGAAAACAAGAAGCUGGUUGGGGGUUCGUCAGGAGGGCCGUACAUGCAGAACCUUACUCCGGACGCCGAAGAGAGCUGGGCUAUGUCCGGCGUGGUGUCCGCCAUCUUGAACAGAGCAAACUGUGAUCAGCCAUUGACCAUUUACACCGUUGUCUAUCCUUUCAAAGAGUGGAUAGAAAACGUGGUUGAGGGUGGUCAAUAAUGGUCGAAAAGCAAAGUCUGACUCGUUGCCUGUUACCCAUAAGGCGGACCGUGAUUACCUACCGGAAUUGCCUGGGUACGUUGCCUUGAAACCUCAUAGACGAUUCUUAUUCAAACUUAGGAAACGGUUACUACUUGGAUGAACAAUAUGCACAAAGAAUCCUGAUUAAAGUCACCAACGACCAAAGUAUACUACGUACUGCAGGUCAUGUUCGGCAGGAGGCUAUUGAGUAUUUCAUCGCUAUCAGAACUACUAUUCAGAGAUCUGUUCACAAUAACGAUAAAGCGGCUAUUCUUACCAUUUGGUGAAAGUUCACACCUCACAGACUUUUAUCUAGCUAGUACCUACUGCGCAGAAAACCGAACUUACUGAGCACCAUACAUAAUUUUUAAAAACAAUGCGAUGAAUCCACUGAAAUGGUCUGCCCCUAAGUUAUGAGGACAAUCGAAACACGACAAUUGCAACUCAUUUAUUAUGAUAUUCCCAGCAUGGUUUUUUGGCGUCGUUUAUGUAAUACAAACAAUGCCUAGACAAUCGCUUUUUAUCUCCGAUAAAGUUCACUUCUGCGGAAAUGAAGUUCGUUUACAAAAUUUUUAAAGCGUUUUAUCUUGGACUGAGAUGAUUAUAACCGACACAAUAAUUGUUUACACAAAUGUAUCUUACAUGACUUAUUUCUUUCACUUUUCUGCCAAUUCUUACGACUGGAUGUCCGUGGUCGGUGUCAUCUUGGCUUCUUGAUACCCCUGAUCGAUAGCUUUCCUUGUACGCCUGUUCCUCUUCUGCCAUUUCUUUAAGAACCUUCAUUACAAAACUGAUUUGAAUUCAUUGAAGUCAUUCAUUUUUUCUCGAAGCCUUUGUAAUUCAGAUAAAUUUCCCGUCAACCCCAACUCUGUAUUAUUAACUAUAAUAUUUCAUUUAUCAUUGAUAA